AUGGUUCAAAAAUCACUUUUGCUCUGUGUCGCAACUGCUUUUCUUGCUGGUUUGCAAGCUACUUCCGUAGAUGAAAAUACUGUCAACAUCAACUUAGACAACACAUCUGUACUUGAAAAGAGACAUUUCUUCAUUGACAGCAACAAGUGUGCUUCUGGAAGCUAUGCUUCUCAAUUGUUGACCCAAUUCUCUGGUGUCUUCUUUGGUGACUUCAAGUCUGUUGGAAAGGUUGAUAUCUCUGGUUCUCUUGCUGUCAAGGGUGACUUUGAGAGUCACUAUUCUAGCAUUAACACCAACUGGGAUGCUGGUUUCUCUUACGAAAACCUCAAGAGUUACGGUCUUGUUGUCGGUGGUCAAUGCAAGUCUAACUCUGUCUCUGUCAGCGGUGCCUCUUUCAUUCGUGGUGGCCUCUCAGGUGGCGCCAAAAGACUCUUUGAUUUCUUCAAGUUGUACCACGGAUCUACUGGUUAUUAUAGCUUUGAGCAAAGUCAAGAAAACGCUUACGAAGCCUCUUUGCUCUUGUCUCAAUUGGAACCUACCUUGAGACUGGAUGCCGAAGGCAAAUUGAGCGCUUGUGGUACCGCUAACCAUGGUUUCCAUGUCCUUCAUUUCAACACUUGUAAGAGCAGCGCUUUCCAUGCCUCUUUGAUCUCUGAAGCUGCUGCUUUCCUUUCUGGUAAGGGUAGCUGGAGCGGACCCAAGGGUUUGAACUGGCCCUCUUCUGGUACCAUUGUCAUCAACAUUCCUAUUGACAUUGGUGCUUCUUUCUCUAUCACUAACAAGGAAGUCUCUCUUGGUUUGGAUGCUUCUCGUGUUAUCUUCAACUUCUACCCUGCUGACUCCCAAGGUAAAUGCCACAGCGGUGGUAAAAUCUCUCUCAAACGUGAGAUGAGCGGCUACUUUGGUGGUUUCACUUUGGCUCCCAGAGCUGAUAUCUUUGAUGGCGCUGCUGGUGCCUUUGCUGGUACUGUUAUUGGUCACAACUUCAACUGCGGUGGCGGUAUUGGUAUUGGUGGUUAUCACCUUGCUGGUGGUAGCUCUUCCAGCUUCAAGGGUUGCUUCCCUAUUCACAACAACCACACUCCUCCUCCUGCUACCACCAUCCACGUUCCUCCUGCUUCUGCUACCACCACAACUCCCACCAACAAGCACACUACUAGUACUGAUGGUCAUUCUGCUACAACCACUGCUGUCAGUGACAAACACCACACUACCGUUGCCCACAAGCACCAGACUACUUCCGUUCACCACAGCAAGACCACUUCUGCUUACAAGCACCAAACUACUACUGACUGUGGUUGCGGCAAGCACUCUACCACCAAGUCUCACAAACACUCCAAGACUGUCAUUAAGGGUAAGCACCACUCUAAGACUACCACCAAGGGCAAGCACCAUGCCAAGACUACCACCAAGGGCAAACACCACUCUAAGAUUACCACCAAGGGCAAACACCACUCUAAGAUUACCACCAAGUGUAAGCACCACACCAAGAGUAAGCACCACACCAAGACCAAGCACACUCCUACUACUUGUCCUGUUGGUUGUGCCACCAAGACUGUUACAAAGGUCGUCUAUGUUACUGUCAACUAA